GACUCUAUCAAUGGAGGGAGUCCUACUUGGUCGUAUAUUAUCGAGAAUAUAAUUAAUUAGGGUUUGAUCCACACGAAUCUAUCUUCUCAAACCUCCUACUCCUCCACUUUCUUCUUUCUGAAACUCUGAUUAGGUAGAUCAACUGGACCGCCUUCUAAACAUGGCGGGAAUUCCUACUAGAAGAUCCAAAAGAAUACAAAGUCGCACCAAUGAUGGUGAAGUUGCUGCAAGAAGAUUUACCACUCUCAGGGAACAGAUCAGUAUCGGCAACAACAAUAUAGAGGUUGUAACAAGACCCUGGUCUGAUCUGCCUGCAGAACUCCUGUCACCGAUUGCUGAUCAAUUACGACUAAUCGAGCUUCUGAGUUUUCGUGGCGUCUGCAAAGAUUGGAAAGCUGCUGCUUCCACAGCAUCGGCUAAGAUCGAAGGCUCACCCCAUAGUGAACCCUGGCUUCUACUCUAUGGGGAAAAUUCACAAUGCCAUUUAUACGAUGAAUCUAGAAAGAGGUACACAAUGAGCAUACCCAGACUGGAUGGAGCAACCUGCAUUGCAUCAAACCAGGGAUGGCUGCUCAUGUUUGUAGAGGGCUCAAUGUUCUUUUACUGCCCCUUCUCUGAUGCAAAGAUAGAAAUUCCCAAGUUUCCCCAUUCCAUACUUUCCAGCCAUGCUGCAGCGUUUUCCUCUGCUCCAACUACUCCCGAAUGCAUUGUUGCUGUGAUGCAUCGUGACACUGAGUCUGUAUUGGAGCUAAAUGUGCUUCGCCGUGGAGCUAACACCUGGAACAAGCGCAAACUCAUCAGCACCCGACCUAACCUUGGCGUGUUAGGAAGUGCCACUUAUAGAGAUGGAACUUUCCACUUUUGGGACAAAAUAAAUGGAUUACUUGCCUUCUCUGUCAAGGAUGAGAGCAUUGUGAAGUACACUGUUGUUGUCAGGAAUGAGCUUUCUAAAAACACAGCUGCUUUACCAUAUAUACCAUAUAUUCAUGAGAAGACUCGUUUUGAGGGAAAUGACAUGAGGAAAAAAGUGGGGUUGGGGAAAGAGGUUUCAGUGUCUGUUUGCGGAACAACAGUAAAGCAUGAUUAUGGAGCUGACAAGAUUAUUUUUAGUGAGGACAUUGAUGCUGCUGAAGAAUCAGAAAGCCAUCACCUCAAAGGCGUAUGGAUUCAACCAAGAUUCUUCAACAUCUCUCCAAAUCAGAGCUGGUCAGUUUGAGUCCUUUUUUCAU